GCCCAGUUCACCGCGGACUGCCAGUUCCGGGAGCGUUUCCAGGAGAACAGCUACAACACCUACUCCUCGGCCGUUCACCGCAGCCCCCGCUCGGGUCGCCCCUGGUACGUGGCCCUCAACAAGCGGGGCAAAGCCAAGAGGGGCUGCAGCCCCAGGCCUGUGCUACCCGAGUCUGAGGAAUUUGAGGAGUCCAAGGAAUCCCCCAAGUCCUCCUCCUUCACACAGGCCCCUUGA